AUGAACUUUUUUGUUUACAUUUUCACCGCAUUGUUUGUACAUCUACGCCAGAUUGGUCACUAUAUCAAGUACACAGUUGUCGCCAGAUUUGGUCACUAUAUCGAGUACACAGUGGUUGCCAGAUUUGGUCACUAUAUCGAGUACACAGUGGUUGCCAGAUUUGGUCACUAUAUCGAGUACACAGUGUUGUACAUCUACGCCAGAUUUGGUCACUAUAUCGAGUACACAGUGAUUGCCAGAUUUGGUCACUAUAUCGGGUACACAGUGGUUGCCAGAUUUGGUCACUAUAUCGAGUACACAGUGAUUGCCAGAUUUGGUCACUAUAUCGAGUACACAGUGGUUGCCAGAUUUGGUCACUAUAUCGAGUACACAGUGUUGUACAUCUACGCCAGAUUUGGUCACUAUAUCGAGUGCACAGUGAUUGCCAGAUUUGGUCAUUAUAUCGAGAACACAGUGGUUGCCAGAUUUGGUCAUUAUAUCGAGUACACAGUGGUUGCCAGAUUUGGUCACUAUAUCGAGUACACAGUGAUUGCCAGAUUUGGUCACUAUAUCGAGUACACAGUGAUUGCCAGAUUUGGUCACUAUAUCGAGUACACAGUGAUCGCCAGAUUUGGUCACUAUAUCGAGUACACAGUGGUCGCCAGAUUUGGUCACUAUAUCGGGUACACAGUGAUUGCCAGAUUUGGACACUAUAUCGGGUACACAGUGAUUGCCAGAUUUGGUCACUAUAUCGGGUACACAGUGGUUGCCAGAUUUGGUCACUAUAUCGAGUACACAGUGAUUGCCAGAUUUGGUCACUAUAUCGAGUACACAGUGGUUGCCAGAUUUGGUCACUAUAUCGAGUACACAGUGAUCGCCAGAUUUGGUCACUAUAUCGGGUACACAGUGGUUGCCAGAUUUGAUCACUAUAUCGAGUACACAGUGAUUGCCAGAUUUGGUCACUAUAUCGAGUACACAGUGGUCGCCAGAUUUGGUCACUAUAUCGAGUACACAGUGGUCGCCAGAUUUGGUCACUAUAUCGAGUACACAGUGGUCGCCAGAUUUGGUCACUAUAUCGAGUACACAGUGUUGUACAUCAACGCCAGAUUUGGUCACUAUAUCGAGUACACAGUGAUUGCCAGAUUUGGUCACUAUAUCGGGUACACAGUGGUUGCCAGAUUUGGUCACUAUAUCGAGUACACAGUGGUUACGUUCAACUAA